AAAGAAAGUUCCAGCAAUUCACUUGGUGUGCCCGGCCAGUGAAAGCUCAGCUUGUCUCUUCCUCUGUUCCAAUCUCUCCAAAACCCUCUCCUUUUUCCUUCUUGAAUCUCUCAUCCCUCUCUCCCACUUCUUAGUCUCCGAGCUUUCCCCAAGAGUUCUCCAUCCAAUUCCAUGGAUUCAUCUCCUGGUUCUCAGAAUCCAUGGAUUUAUUGAAGUUCUGAGGUUUAGGGUUUAAGGUUUUAGGUUUAGGGUUUUUAAUCCACCAUUGAUGCUCUCGAAGCUUUGAAUCAAUGUCUUCUCCUUGCCUCACUGGCGGUGGCCGGACAUUAGGGUUUGAGCUCGACCUCGUGAAGGCAUCGUCGCCGUUGUCGCGAUCCUUACAAUCGUCUUCGCCGUCGUCGACCAUCUCUGAAUCGAGCUCAUCUCAACUAACAAUCUCCAAUAAGAAACCUAGAACUCCUCGCAAGCGCCCUAAUCAAUCCUACAACGAAGCUGCUGCUCUUCUCUCCUUCACCUAUCCUUCCAUAUUCUCCUCUUCUUCUCUUCGUCAUCACCCUGCUUUUCCCCAUGAAUCCCCUCCCCUCCUCCCCCCUUUCCCUAAUCCCUCCGACUCUGCUUUCCUUCUCCACGAACCAUCCCCUGAACAACCAUCCUUUCGGAUCCAAUCGAGCUCCAGCCCCACCUCCUUUUGUGUUGCUUCUACUGCUCCUCAACCUAUCCAGGUCGACGCCAUUGAGGACGACUUUGAUGCUGAGUCCUUGCUUGACGAGGAACCCUCCGGCGAAGGCAUUGAUAGCAUCUUCGGUGAUAAUCCUUCGAGUUUGUCCGCGAGUUCUUGCGUCAAUCCUUGCAUUGCAAGCUUAAUGGGGUUUGGGCUGAGAUUCAAUGUGAAUCUUCGUCGAGCUUUGAAAAAAGUGGAUGAUGGGGAUUGGUGGCGGUCGCCGAGGGUCGCUGUGAAUGAUAUACUCCCAAAGUUCAAGGCUUUGUCGGCAUCACCGCCAUUAGAGAAGAGCAAGAAGAAGAAGAAGGUGGAGAAGGAGGAGACAAAGCCGCCAUUAGAUUGCAAUGGCGGGAAAGAGAAAGCUACGACUUUGGCGAGGUUGAAUCUCAAGCUUGACUAUUCUGAGGUGAUGAAGUGCUGGGCUGACAAAGACUCUCCUUUUGGUGACUCCGGCUUACCGGAAUCUUCCGCCGAUGAUCUUCUGAUGGAUUUGUUUUUGGAAACGGAGAAUGGGGUUGGUGGAGGGAGAGAAGCAUGUGUGCAGAGGUACAAAGAGAAACGAAGAACAAGGUUGUUUUCCAAGAAGAUUAGGUACCAAGUCCGGAAAGUUAAUGCUGAUAGGAGGCCACGCAUGAAGGCAAGUGGUAGGUUUGUCAAAAGUCCUGCUCUUCUUCAUGAAACAAUGGAGGUAGAAAGUUUGUAGAAUUAAUGGUGAAGGCUAGUAGCUAUUUUUGUUUGAAGGUUUUCUUUUUUUCUUUUUUGGAGAGAUUGGGAGGCUUCAUGAGAGCAUAUGUUACUUUUGAAGAAAUACAGGAAAUCCAUCCAAUUUUGCCUAUAUAAUAAAUAGCUUUUACUUGAAUUAUUAUUUCUUUUUCUCUGAUCAA